AUGGUCCGCGUCAAACACCGCUACCUGCUCCUCGACAUCCUCUACCCAGAUCCCACCUCAUGGCCGCCCUCGACAACGGCGCCGAAAAAUGCAACACGAAACGCACAAUCCCAAUUGCGCAUCCACUCGCCCACAUCCGACGCCCUGACGCCGAGCUUGCUUGCGAAGAUGGUGAGGGAGGAAGUCGCAGAGAUAUUUGGUGAUUGGGGUGUGGGAAGACUGGGUGGUGUUACUGCUGGGGGUGUUAGUGUUAAAUACUUGUCGCCUGCAACUUCGACGGCUAUUAUUCGCUGUCCGCGCGCGUCGUUCCGGCUUGUUUGGACGGCGCUGACUUAUAUGUCUCGGGUGCCGGAGUAUGGGGACUCGAAUCGAUCGAGGCGGUCGGAUGUUCCGUUGACGAGGCCUUGUGUUUUUCGGGUCAUUAGGGUUUCUGGGACGAUGCGGAAGGCGGAGGAAGAGGCGAUUCGGCGGGCGAGGAAGGAGAUUGUGCGGUUGAGAGGCGCGGAGGAGGUUGGGGUGCUUGGGGGCUUGGUUGGUGGGUUGGAAUAUGAGGAGGGCUCUGGUGUUGUUGAGGAUGUGAUGGACAAUGACGAGGAGGAUGUUGAUAUGGGGAGUGACGGAGAGGAUUGA